AUGAAAUUACCAAUCGCUGUAUUGCCAUCAAUCCUGUUUACUUGCUCAGUCACUAUAGCUACUCCAGUUAUUCCCGGUGUGUCUACAAGUGUCAACCCCAACUCUUUGACAGUUUUUUCCACUGCGGCUACAAAUGUCAAAUCUAUAUCUAUGGAAAUUCUUAAUUUUAAUGGAGUAACUACAGUUAACCUAGAUGAGUUUACAGCAAUUGAACAAGGUUUGAUCAAAAACUACGCCAAGAAAAAAAAAGAUCAUCAAAAAACACAGGAAAUACUGGACUCGGUAAAGAAUACGAUUACUGAUCAAAAAGAACGUGUAGCUGGACUAAAUGAAAAAUAUCAGCAGUCGAUGCGUAAACCUCGAGAGAAACACCAUGGUCUAAAGCAUAAAGAUAAACUCAAGAACCUUAAACCUGAACUUGAAGCUCAAUCUUCUGAACUUGCUAAACUUCAAAAACAAAAGGACGUGCUCGAGUCCAAAUAUAGUGCAGUAUCGUUGGAGCUAACCCAGGAAGAAAGAAAAGUUGUAUUAUUCCUUUUUGGAAGAUUUAUAAACUCUUUAUCAAUUAGACUAUAUGUAUACUUUGAAUCUGGACUCUUUAUUAUAACCCUUGACUACAUGUUAUACGAUACUAUGCUGAACUCACAACUGGAACUCGAGGGUAAAUCUGCUAGUCAAAGUCUGACAUAUGACGGUGAAAUGGAGAAUUUUGACACUCAACACCCACCAUCUGAGGAAACGCAUAUACCUAUAGCCGAGCCCGUUCGAGCAACUUCCAGUAUAGGGAAAAUCGUCGAGUAUUUAGAAAAUCUUUUCUAA